AACAUAUUUAACGGUACACUUUCACUACGUAUCAUUUUUCUUCCCUACUAUAUAAACAGAGUCCUAAUUUCACAAUAAAAUUCUCACUUCUCCAAUUCCAAAAAAAAAUAAUCUGAAUCUUGCUGCAAAGUAGGAGGAUCUCUUAGGGAUUUGGUUAAGUCAACUAAUGGCAUCCAAACGGAUCCUUAAGGAGCUUAAGGAUUUACAAAAAGAUCCUCCUACUUCUUGCAGCGCUGGCCCAGUUGCUGAAGAUAUGUUUCAUUGGCAAGCAACAAUUAUGGGUCCACCUGACAGUCCUUAUGCUGGUGGAGUGUUUCUUGUUACUAUUCAUUUUCCACCUGACUAUCCAUUUAAGCCACCAAAGGUUGCUUUCAGGACAAAGGUUUUCCACCCAAACAUCAACAGCAAUGGUAGCAUUUGCCUAGACAUUUUGAAGGAACAGUGGAGCCCUGCACUUACCAUCUCCAAGGUAUUGCUCUCUAUCUGUUCUCUCCUAACAGACCCUAAUCCUGAUGACCCUUUGGUGCCGGAGAUUGCUCAUAUGUACAAGACGGAUAGAAGCAAGUAUGAGACAACUGCCCGGAGCUGGACUCAAAAGUAUGCCAUGGGUUAGUUGCUGAUUACCAUUCUGGAGGGGCUCUUGUAUUAUCUAUUAUGUAUUAAGAAAUUGUGUUCUUAUGCAUAAUCAACUUAAAGGGAAAAAGGUCGAACUGGUCCUUCUUGAAACAAUUUGAUUUGCUCUUUGUUUGCAAGAAUCUAAUGGUGUUGUUUGAAACUCUAUGUUGGGUUCAAAGUAUGCGUUUUGACCCUUUC